UAUAGCUGGUGGAUUACUAUGCAAUCUGUAUCACACAGAAGACGUAACUCUGUCUUCUAGCAUGGGGACCCUCUGGCACUUACAAUACACUUUAAUUUUAUUCUGUAUUUCAGUGCUGAAUACCACAGGGAUCAAGCAAAGACCAACUGGUGGCUUGAGAACAUGGGAUCCUGAAACAGCGUACCUCACCAGAUGUGAUUUUAACAACAACUCAAGACCAUUUUGUGACUGGACCCAACCUUGCAAUGUCAACCAGGGAGUGUGGAUACGAACCAAACAUGAUACUCCAACUGAUGGAACAGGUCCUGAUGGAGACUAUCCUGAUGGAAAAGGCUAUUUCAUCUACCAAGAAGCAAGUAAUCUGAUUCCAUUCGACACCAACAGGCUUGAGAGCCCAGACACUGUGGUUUCUAAAAAAAUAUGCAUAGACUUCUGGUACUAUAUGUUUGGGUCAGAAGACAGGAAUGAGCUGAGAGUGCUUAUUAAAGACAGCACAGGAGAGUCUAUAGUGUGGAGUCGGAGGGGAAACCAGAGUUCCUUGUGGAAAUAUGGUGCCGUUAGUCAUACUUUUCCAACACAAAGAAAGAUAAAGGUAAUUUUUGAGGCUGUCCGAGGACUGACAGAGUAUGGAGAUACAGCACUGGACAAUGUAAGAGUAAGGGAUGGAUCCUGUGAAGCUGGCCCUACCCCUACACCACCAGAACCUACACCGCCUCCAAUGACAGAAGCAAUCUGCAGUAUAUACGGGGAUCCUCACUACUACACAUUUGACAAGCAGCGUCAUGACUUCAUGGGCACGUGCACCUACACCCUUUCCAAGCUGUGCGAGAGCAACAGCUCGCUGCCGUACUUCAACGUGGAAGCGGCCAAUGAGCACAGGGGAGGCAACACUCGCGUGUCCUAUGUCCGAUACGUGGAUGUUGAUGUAUAUGGCUACAGGAUCAAUCUGGGUAAAAAUAGAAUUGUUAAGGUUGAUGGAGUCAGCCAGGUGCUGCCUCUGACAUUGGCACAGGGUGUCAGUAUUUCCUUCAGUGGGCAGUACGUUGUGGUGACUACUGACUUUGGGCUGAAUGUCAAGUUUGAUGGAAAUCACAGAGCAGAAAUCACUCUUCCCAAUACCUAUAUGUCUAAAGUCUGUGGAAUAUGUGGAAAUUAUAAUGGGCACAAAGAAGAUGACUUUCUUAACCCAAGUGGAGGGAUGGAAGCAAACUCGUCCAGCCUUGGCAACAGUUGGCAGGUUUACAAUGACUCCAGGUGCUCGCCAGAUGAUGGCCACACCCCAAAUUGCACUGCAGAUGAAAAACAUAUGAUCCAAAGCAAUGAAUACUGUGGUCUGAUCACAGAUCCUGAUGGUCCAUUCCAGAAUUGUCACUCAGUAGUUGAUCCACAAAGUUAUUCUGAAGCCUGCCAGUAUGAUCUCUGUGAACUUCAUCUGGACAAUGCAGCCCUCUGUGAAAACAUGCAGGCUUAUGCAGACGUGUGCCAAGCUGCAGGAGUCCAACUGACACCAUGGAGAAAUGCAACCUUCUGCCCACUAGCAUGCUCUGCCAACAGUCAUUAUGAGCCCUGUGCUGCAGCCUGCCCUGCCACCUGUGUCAACCCAGUAGCACCUUACAACUGCAGCCUGCCAUGUGUGGAAGGAUGUGUGUGCGACAGCGGGUACCUGCUCUACAACGACCGCUGCGUGCCCAGCCAGAAGUGUGGAUGUUGGCACAACGGGCAGCACUACCCCGUGGGCUCGGAGUUCUGGACGGACAAUACCUGCUCCUCAAAGUGCACGUGUCCCGCCCGGGGAAGCAAAGUCCAGUGCUCCAGUGCCUCAUGCCCUGAGGGCCAGUACUGUGGGGUGCAGGAUGGGAAGCCUGAGUGCCUUGAAGAGUCCUACGGCAUCUGCCACGUCCACGGAGACCCUCACUACAUCACCUUUGACAAGGUGACACACAACUUCAUGGGCAACUGCACCUACACGCUGGCCAAAGUGUGCUCCAACACCACCGCCCUGCCCUACUUCAAUGUUGAGGCCAAGAACGAGCAUCGUGGGAACACCAGAGUGUCCUAUGUGCGUGAAGUCGUGGUUGAGGUGUACGGAGUGCGCAUUGCCAUUGCCAAAAAGGAGAGGAGCCAAGUGCUGGUGAACAAUGUGCGCCAGACCUUGCCGGUGAGCGCAGCGGGAGGUGCCAUCACGGUGAGCAGGAGCGGCCGCUACAUCGUCCUGGAGACAGACUUCAAGCUCCAGGUGUCCUACGACGCUGACCACUCGGUGGAGGUGAAGGUGCCCACCGCCUACUUCAACCUGACCUGUGGCAUGUGCGGGAACUUCAACAACCGGCGAGAGGACGAUUACAUGAUGCCCAACGGGCAGCAAGCCGCAGACUCCAAUGAGCUGGGGGAGAGCUGGCGGGUCCCAGACGAUGACUCCUCUUGCGGUGUCCCCAUCCCACCACCACCCUGCAGUGCAGAAGAGGAGAAGCUCUACCGAUCGGAGGAGUUCUGUGGCAUGCUGACUGCCAGGCCUGGCUCUUUUGAGAGGUGCCACGGUGUGAUCAACCCUCAGGACUACUUUGACACCUGCUUCUAUGACCUUUGUGCCCUGAAUGGUGGCCAGGAGUUCCUGUGUGCUGCUCUGGAGGCCUACGCCGAUGCAUGCCAGGCAGCCGGCGUGACUCUCCCUGCCUGGAGGAAUGCCACCUUCUGCCCUGUUGCAUGCCCUCCCAACAGUCAUUACAAUCCAUGUACCAGUGCUUGCCCAGACACGUGUGUUAACCCUCUUGCAUCAAAGAACUGCAGCAGACCUUGUGUAGAAGGAUGUGAAUGCAACAGUGGUUUUGUCAUCAGUGGGGGACAAUGUGUGUCCAUGAGCAACUGUGGCUGCCUUCAGAAUGGCAAAUAUUAUGAGAAGGGAGAAGCUUUUUGGCAAACAGACUGUGCAGGCCAAUGUACAUGUGCUGGAAAUGGGACUGUAGUUUGCAAUUCAGAGAGAUGUGAAGUAAGCGAAGUUUGCAAGGUGCAGAAUGGACUCCUGGGAUGUUAUCCAUUGAAUCCCAGCCCCUGCCACAUUUUUGGGGAUCCACAUUAUAUAACCUUUGAUGGAAGACUGUACCAUUUCCAAGGAGACUGCAAUUAUACUGUUGUUGAGACAUGCACAAAUUCUUCUGAAAGAUUUUCAGUGACAACCAGGAAUGAACAUAGAGGAAACCCAAACUGGACAGCCUUGAACUCAGUUGCUGUCACACUGGAAAAUGUUCACAUUGUUUUGAAGAAAAAUAAAGAGAUCUAUGUGAAUGGAGUUCAAGUUUCUCUUCCUGUGGAUUUGAACACUGGAGUCAGAGUAGCUAUAAAAGGACAUCAUGUGGUCAUUGAUACCUCUCUAGGGAUCCAGGUGAAGUUUGAUGGUGACCAGGAGCUUUUCAUUCUGGUUGAUGAAAGUCUCAAAGGACAGCUGUGUGGUCUGUGUGGGACAUUCAAUGACAACCAACUGGAUGAUUUUCUAAAACCAGAUAAAGUCUUAGAACAGGAUCCAAAUAAAUUUGGUGACAGCUGGCUAGUGAAGGAUGACAACUGGACGUGUAAUCCAGUUUCAGUUGUACCACCCACUUGUGACACAGCAAAAGAGAAAGAAUAUGAAGAACUUUGCAAAAUUAUUUUGAAAAACAGUGGACCUUUUCAGGUCUGCCAUUGGCAUAUUCCCCCCCAGCUCUAUUUUGAGAGUUGUGUCUAUGACCUGUGUGCCACAGAGGGGAAUUCUGAUCAGUUUUGCAAGAUUUUAGAGGCAUAUGCUGCUGCCUGUGAACUUGGAGGUGUAAAUCUGGGUGAAUGGAGGAAAGAUACCAUCUGUGCUGCACCAACAGCCUGCAAUAUGUCCUGCACGUUUGAUGUCGACUUCUGUGAGUGGCAACAGGAAAACAGUGACAACUUUGACUGGAUAAGGCACAAGGGGCCAACACCCACACCAAAUACUGGUCCUUCCUAUGACCACACAACUGGAGAGGGCUAUUAUAUCUACCUGCAAGGAAGUGAGCAUGAGCCAAGUGACGUAGCACGUUUGGUCAGUCCAGUGUGUGGUUCAGAAGGACCUCACUGCUUCCGCUUCUGGUAUCACAUGUACGGAGUGGCUGAGGCUAUGGCCCUGCGCGUGUACGUAGUUCACAAUGAAACAUCAACACUGGAAUGGAAAGAUGCUGGAAACAAAGGGGACCAAUGGAACUUGGGACAGGUCACGGUGCACAGCAGAGGACACAUGCAGAUUGUCCUGGAAGGCAUGAUAGGAGAAGACUUCCGGAGUGACAUAGCAUUGGAUGAUCUGUCCAUUGAAAAAGGAUAUUGCCCAGAUGAUGUAAUUACAACAACACCAAGCACGACCAUCACAACACCUUCAGAAGACACGACCACACCAGCACCCACACCAAGCCCAGGAACCUGUGUGGUGGAAGGAGACCCUCACUACCACACGUUUGACAAGCAGCUACAUCACUUCAUGGGCACGUGCACCUACACCCUUUCCAAGCUGUGCGAGAGCAACAGCUCGCUGCCGUACUUCAACGUGGAAGCGGCCAAUGAGCACAGGGGAGGCAACACUCGCGUGUCCUAUGUCCGAUACGUGGAUGUCGAUGUGGCCGGCCAGCGGAUAAGGCUGGGGAAGGGGGGAGUGGUGACGGUCAACGGAGUGGCAGAGGUCCUGCCCUGCACCCCAUCCGUGGGCGUGCAGGUCUCGUCCAGCGGGUUCUACACAGUGAUCACAACAGACUUUGGCUUGAGAGUGAAGUUUGAUGGGAAGCAUCGGGUGGAGGUGACGCUUCCCAGCACCUUUGGGGAGAAGGUUUGUGGCAUGUGUGGGAACUACAACGGGAUGGCAGCGGAUGACUUCCAGAACCCGGAAGGGAUGCUGGAGCCAGACUCCACCAGCCUGGGCAACAGCUGGCAGGUGUCCAACGACAGCAGCUGCUCAGCCGGACCACUGCCCACCCCAGCCUGCAAUGAGACGGACAAGCAGGUCAUUGCCAGCAGCGCCUUCUGUGGGCUCCUCAAUGACACCAGCGGCCCCUUCCAGAUGUGCCACGCUGUGCUGAGCCCCAACAGUUACUUUGACACAUGCUUUUACGACCUGUGUGAGCUGGGGCUGGACCACGAGACCCUGUGCAAGAGCUUGCAGUCCUACGCAGAUGCCUGCCAGUCGCUUGGCGUCAAGAUCCCUGUGUGGAGGAACGCAACCUUCUGCCCCAUCACCUGUCCAUCCAACAGUCAUUAUGAGCCCUGUGCUGCAGCCUGCCCUGCCACCUGUGUCGACCCAAUAGCACCCUCCAACUGCAGCCUGCCAUGUGUGGAAGGAUGUGUGUGUGACAGCGGGUACCUGCUCUACAACGACCGCUGCGUGCCCAGCCAGAAGUGUGGAUGUUGGCACAACGGGCAGCACUACCCCGUGGGCUCGGAGUUCUGGACGGACAAUACCUGCUCCUCAAAGUGCACGUGUCCCGCCCGGGGAAGCAAAGUCCAGUGCUCCAGUGCCUCAUGCCCUGAGGGCCAGUACUGUGGGGUGCAGGAUGGGAAGCCUGAGUGCCUUGAAGAGUCCUACGGCAUCUGCCACGUCCACGGAGACCCUCACUACAUCACCUUUGACAAGGUGACACACAACUUCAUGGGCAACUGCACCUACACGCUGGCCAAAGUGUGCUCCAACACCACCGCCCUGCCCUACUUCAAUGUUGAGGCCAAGAACGAGCAUCGUGGGAACACCAGAGUGUCCUAUGUGCGUGAAGUCGUGGUUGAGGUGUACGGAGUGCGCAUUGCCAUUGCCAAAAAGGAGAGGAGCCAAGUGCUGGUGAACAAUGUGCGCCAGACCUUGCCGGUGAGCGCAGCGGGAGGUGCCAUCACGGUGAGCAGGAGCGGCCGCUACAUCGUCCUGGAGACAGACUUCAAGCUCCAGGUGUCCUACGACGCUGACCACUCGGUGGAGGUGAAGGUGCCCACCGCCUACUUCAACCUGACCUGUGGCAUGUGCGGGAACUUCAACAACCGGCGAGAGGACGAUUACAUGAUGCCCAACGGGCAGCAAGCCGCAGACUCCAAUGAGCUGGGGGAGAGCUGGCGGGUCCCAGACGAUGACUCCUCUUGCGGUGUCCCCAUCCCACCACCACCCUGCAGUGCAGAAGAGGAGAAGCUCUACCGAUCGGAGGAGUUCUGUGGCAUGCUGACUGCCAGGCCUGGCUCUUUUGAGAGGUGCCACGGUGUGAUCAACCCUCAGGACUACUUUGACACCUGCUUCUAUGACCUUUGUGCCCUGAAUGGUGGCCAGGAGUUCCUGUGUGCUGCUCUGGAGGCCUACGCCGAUGCAUGCCAGGCAGCCGGCGUGACUCUCCCUGCCUGGAGGAAUGCCACCUUCUGCCCCCUGCCAUGCGAUGCCAACAGCUACUAUGACCCUUGCAUGACCGGCUGUCCUGCCACCUGUGUUGACCGAGAAGCCCCACAGAACUGCUCCAAGCCCUGCGUGGAGGGCUGCGCGUGUACCUCUGGCUUCCUGCUCAGCGGAGACACCUGCGUGCCCGAGGCCCAGUGUGGCUGCCUCUUUGAGGGCAACUACUACAGCCAAGGCGAGUACUUUGUGAGCGAGAACUGCACUCGCCGGUGCCGCUGUGAGGCCAACGGCCAGAUGAAUUGCUCUGCGUUGUCCUGUGGUGAGGACGAGGUCUGCAAGAUCCAGAAUGGCCAGAGGGACUGUUACCCGGCCAGCACCGAUCUCUGCCACAUCUACGGCGACCCGCAUUACAGCACCUUCGAUGGGAAGCUUCACCACUUCCAGGGCUCCUGCAACUACACGGUGGUGACGGGCUGUGGCAACUCCUCUGUUGGCUUCACUGUCACCACCCGCAACAAACAUCGCGGCAGCCCGACCUGGACAGCUCUGAACUCUGUGGCACUGUCCAUGGAAGGCCUCCACAUUGCGCUGCGCCAGAACAAGGCGGUCUACAUCAACGGUGCUCUGUCCUCCCUGCCUGCUUCUCCUGCCCCUGGCGUGACCGUUUCCCUGAGUGGCUCCUACGUGCGGGUUGCUACCAAGCUGGGCCUGCAGCUGCAGUUCAAUGGGGACCACGAGCUCCUGGUGAGGGUGUCCGAGAAGCACAAGGGCAAGCUGUGCGGGCUGUGCGGGACGUACACUGGGAACCAGCAGGAUGACUUCACACGGCCGGACGGGGUUGUCGUGCCCGACUUCAAUGAGUUUGGAACCAGCUGGAUGGUGCCAGAUGAUGAGUGGCCGUGUGACCCGGCCCCCAGCCCGCCUGUGUCCUGCUCCCCCUCCGAGGAGGAGGCAGCUAGAAAGCAAUGUGCAAGCCUCACACAAGCCGGUGGCCCGUUCCAGCCAUGCCAUGCAGUUCUGCCGCCACAGACAUACUUUGAGAGCUGUGUCUAUGACCAGUGUGCUACGAACGGCAGCACGGAGCAGCUCUGCAAUGACCUGGGGGCCUAUGCCACAGCCUGUGCUGAGGCAGGCGUUGCUCUGGGAGACUGGAGCGCUGGCACUGUCUGUGCUCCUACAACUACGGCCCCCUUGCCAGACACCUCAACGCGGCCUCCACAGACAACAUCACCAGCCCCUGGGACAAGCACAGCUCCCCCAGAAGUCUGCAAGUUUGCCUGCACGUUCGAGGAUGACUUGUGUGGCUGGGUCCAGGCAGAUUACAGCAGCAUUGACUGGAUAAGGAACAAGGGUCCAACGCCCACGCCAGGCACCGGCCCCUCCUCUGACCACACAACAGGAGACGGCUACUACAUCUACCUGUAUGGGAGCAAUGCCUUCCCCGGCUUUGUGGCUCAUCUCGUCAGUCCGGUGUGCACUUCGGAAGGACCGCACUGCUUCCGCUUCUGGUAUCACAUGUACGGAGUUGAGUCAAUGGCCCUGCGGGUGUACGUGGUUGAGGACGAAGAGCUGGUGCCGAUCUGGACCAGCGUUGGGAACCACGGGGACAUGUGGAACUUGGGAGAGAUCACAGUGGCCAGCACAGGAAACCUGAAGAUUGUCCUGGAGGGAGAAUGGGGUGGAGAUGUCCGGAGCAACGUAGCAUUGGAUGAUCUGUCCAUUGAGAAGGGACCCUGUGGUGCAGGUCCAUCAAAACCCACGACCCCCUCACCAGGCUCUACACCACAGCCUCCACGCACGACAUCCCCACCGGCACCCACACCGAGCUCAGGUCCAUCAACUGCAGAACCUGGGACUGCUUUUCCAAACACCACACUGGUGCCUCCACAUACAUCAGGACCCACACCGAGUUCAGUUCCUCCUACGCCCUCGACCCCAUUGCCAGACACCACCACACAGCCAACACACACAACAACGACACCACCUCAUGGGACAGACUCAGGAACCUGUGUGGUGGAAGGAGACCCUCACUACCACACGUUUGACAAGCAGCUACAUCACUUCAUGGGCACGUGCACCUACACCCUUUCCAAGCUGUGCGAGAGCAACAGCUCGCUGCCGUACUUCAACGUGGAAGCGGCCAAUGAGCACAGGGGAGGCAACACUCGCGUGUCCUAUGUCCGAUACGUGGAUGUCGAUGUGGCCGGCCAGCGGAUAAGGCUGGGGAAGGGGGGAGUGGUGACGGUCAACGGAGUGGCAGAGGUCCUGCCCUGCACCCCAUCCGUGGGCGUGCAGGUCUCGUCCAGCGGGUUCUACACAGUGAUCACAACAGACUUUGGCUUGAGAGUGAAGUUUGAUGGGAAGCAUCGGGUGGAGGUGACGCUUCCCAGCACCUUUGGGGAGAAGGUUUGUGGCAUGUGUGGGAACUACAACGGGAUGGCAGCGGAUGACUUCCAGAACCCGGAAGGGAUGCUGGAGCCAGACUCCACCAGCCUGGGCAACAGCUGGCAGGUGUCCAACGACAGCAGCUGCUCAGCCGGACCACUGCCCACCCCAGCCUGCAAUGAGACGGACAAGCAGGUCAUUGCCAGCAGCGCCUUCUGUGGGCUCCUCAAUGACACCAGCGGCCCCUUCCAGAUGUGCCACGCUGUGCUGAGCCCCAACAGUUACUUUGACACAUGCUUUUACGACCUGUGUGAGCUGGGGCUGGACCACGAGACCCUGUGCAAGAGCUUGCAGUCCUACGCAGAUGCCUGCCAGUCGCUUGGCGUCAAGAUCCCUGUGUGGAGGAACGCAACCUUCUGCCAGGGCUAUUAUAUCUACCUGCAAGGAAGUGAGCAUGAGCCAAGUGACGUAGCACGUUUGGUCAGUCCAGUGUGUGGUUCAGAAGGACCUCACUGCUUCCGCUUCUGGUAUCACAUGUACGGAGUGGCUGAGGCUAUGGCCCUGCGCGUGUACGUAGUUCACAAUGAAACAUCAACACUGGAAUGGAAAGAUGCUGGAAACAAAGGGGACCAAUGGAACUUGGGACAGGUCACGGUGCACAGCAGAGGACACAUGCAGAUUGUCCUGGAAGGCAUGAUAGGAGAAGACUUCCGGAGUGACAUAGCAUUGGAUGAUCUGUCCAUUGAAAAAGGAUAUUGCCCAGAUGAUGUAAUUACAACAACACCAAGCACGACCAUCACAACACCUUCAGAAGACACGACCACACCAGCACCCACACCAAGCCCAGGAACCUGUGUGGUGGAAGGAGACCCUCACUACCACACGUUUGACAAGCAGCUACAUCACUUCAUGGGCACGUGCACCUACACCCUUUCCAAGCUGUGCGAGAGCAACAGCUCGCUGCCGUACUUCAACGUGGAAGCGGCCAAUGAGCACAGGGGAGGCAACACUCGCGUGUCCUAUGUCCGAUACGUGGAUGUCGAUGUGGCCGGCCAGCGGAUAAGGCUGGGGAAGGGGGGAGUGGUGACGGUCAACGGAGUGGCAGAGGUCCUGCCCUGCACCCCAUCCGUGGGCGUGCAGGUCUCGUCCAGCGGGUUCUACACAGUGAUCACAACAGACUUUGGCUUGAGAGUGAAGUUUGAUGGGAAGCAUCGGGUGGAGGUGACGCUUCCCAGCACCUUUGGGGAGAAGGUUUGUGGCAUGUGUGGGAACUACAACGGGAUGGCAGCGGAUGACUUCCAGAACCCGGAAGGGAUGCUGGAGCCAGACUCCACCAGCCUGGGCAACAGCUGGCAGGUGUCCAACGACAGCAGCUGCUCAGCCGGACCACUGCCCACCCCAGCCUGCAAUGAGACGGACAAGCAGGUCAUUGCCAGCAGCGCCUUCUGUGGGCUCCUCAAUGACACCAGCGGCCCCUUCCAGAUGUGCCACGCUGUGCUGAGCCCCAACAGUUACUUUGACACAUGCUUUUACGACCUGUGUGAGCUGGGGCUGGACCACGAGACCCUGUGCAAGAGCUUGCAGUCCUACGCAGAUGCCUGCCAGUCGCUUGGCGUCAAGAUCCCUGUGUGGAGGAACGCAACCUUCUGCCCCAUCACCUGUCCAUCCAACAGUCAUUAUGAGCCCUGUGCUGCAGCCUGCCCUGCCACCUGUGUCGACCCAAUGGCUCCUGUUACCUGCAGCCUGCCAUGUGUGGAAGGAUGUGUGUGCGACAGCGGGUACCUGCUCUACAACGACCGAGCACCCUCCAACUGCAGCCUGCCAUGUGUGGAAGGAUGUGUGUGUGACAGCGGGUACCUGCUCUACAACGACCGCUGCGUGCCCAGCCAGAAGUGUGGAUGUUGGCACAACGGGCAGCACUACCCCGUGGGCUCGGAGUUCUGGACGGACAAUACCUGCUCCUCAAAGUGCACGUGUCCCGCCCGGGGAAGCAAAGUCCAGUGCUCCAGUGCCUCAUGCCCUGAGGGCCAGUACUGUGGGGUGCAGGAUGGGAAGCCUGAGUGCCUCGAAGAAUCCUACGGCAUCUGCCGUGUGCACAAUGAUCCUCACUACGUCACCUUUGACAAGGUGACACACAGUUUCAUGGGCAACUGCACCUACACGCUGGCCAAAGUGUGCUCCAACACCACCGCCCUGCCCUACUUCAAUGUUGAGGCCAAGAAUGAGCAUCGUGGGAACACCAGAGUGUCCUAUGUGCGUGAAGUCGUGGUUGAGGUGUACGGAGUGCGCAUUGCCAUUGCCAAAAAGGAGAGGAGCCAAGUGCUGGUGAACAAUGUGCGCCAGACCUUGCCGGUGAGCGCAGCGGGAGGUGCCAUCACGGUGAGCAGGAGCGGCCGCUACAUCGUCCUGGAGACAGACUUCAAGCUCCAGGUGUCCUACGACGCUGACCACUCGGUGGAGGUGAAGGUGCCCACCGCCUACUUCAACCUGACCUGUGGCAUGUGCGGGAACUUCAACAACCGGCGAGAGGACGAUUACAUGAUGCCCAACGGGCAGCAAGCCGCAGACUCCAAUGAGCUGGGGGAGAGCUGGCGGGUCCCAGACGAUGACUCCUCUUGCGGUGUCCCCAUCCCACCACCACCCUGCAGUGCAGAAGAGGAGAAGCUCUACCGAUCGGAGGAGUUCUGUGGCAUGCUGACUGCCAGGCCUGGCUCUUUUGAGAGGUGCCACGGUGUGAUCAACCCUCAGGACUACUUUGACACCUGCUUCUAUGACCUUUGUGCCCUGAAUGGUGGCCAGGAGUUCCUGUGUGCUGCUCUGGAGGCCUACGCCGAUGCAUGCCAGGCAGCCGGCGUGACUCUCCCUGCCUGGAGGAAUGCCACCUUCUGCCCCCUGCCAUGCGAUGCCAACAGCUACUAUGACCCUUGCAUGACCGGCUGUCCUGCCACCUGUGUUGACCGAGAAGCCCCACAGAACUGCUCCAAGCCCUGCGUGGAGGGCUGCGCGUGUACCUCUGGCUUCCUGCUCAGCGGAGACACCUGCGUGCCCGAGGCCCAGUGUGGCUGCCUCUUUGAGGGCAACUACUACAGCCAAGGCGAGUACUUUGUGAGCGAGAACUGCACUCGCCGGUGCCGCUGUGAGGCCAACGGCCAGAUGAAUUGCUCUGCGUUGUCCUGUGGUGAGGACGAGGUCUGCAAGAUCCAGAAUGGCCAGAGGGACUGUUACCCGGCCAGCACCGAUCUCUGCCACAUCUACGGCGACCCGCAUUACAGCACCUUCGAUGGGAAGCUUCACCACUUCCAGGGCUCCUGCAACUACACGGUGGUGACGGGCUGUGGCAACUCCUCUGUUGGCUUCACUGUCACCACCCGCAACAAACAUCGCGGCAGCCCGACCUGGACAGCUCUGAACUCUGUGGCACUGUCCAUGGAAGGCCUCCACAUUGCGCUGCGCCAGAACAAGGCGGUCUACAUCAACGGUGCUCUGUCCUCCCUGCCUGCUUCUCCUGCCCCUGGCGUGACCGUUUCCCUGAGUGGCUCCUACGUGCGGGUUGCUACCAAGCUGGGCCUGCAGCUGCAGUUCAAUGGGGACCACGAGCUCCUGGUGAGGGUGUCCGAGAAGCACAAGGGCAAGCUGUGCGGGCUGUGCGGGACGUACACUGGGAACCAGCAGGAUGACUUCACGCGGCCAGACGGGGUUGUCGUGCCCGACUUCAAUGAGUUUGGAACCAGCUGGAUGGUGCCAGAUGAUGAGUGGCCGUGUGACCCGGCCCCCAGCCCGCCUGUGUCCUGCUCCCCCUCCGAGGAGGAGGCAGCUAGAAAGCAAUGUGCAAGCCUCACACAAGCCGGUGGCCCGUUCCAGCCAUGCCAUGCAGUUCUGCCGCCACAGACAUACUUUGAGAGCUGUGUCUAUGACCAGUGUGCUACGAACGGCAGCACGGAGCAGCUCUGCAAUGACCUGGGGGCCUAUGCCACAGCCUGUGCUGAGGCAGGCGUUGCUCUGGGAGACUGGAGCGCUGGCACUGUCUGUGCUCCUACAACUACGGCCCCCUUGCCAGACACCUCAACGCGGCCUCCACAGACAACAUCACCAGCCCCUGGGACAAGCACAGCUCCCCCAGAAGUCUGCAAGUUUGCCUGCACGUUCGAGGAUGACUUGUGUGGCUGGGUCCAGGCAGAUUACAGCAGCAUUGACUGGAUAAGGAACAAGGGUCCAACGCCCACGCCAGGCACCGGCCCCUCCUCUGACCACACAACAGGAGACGGCUACUACAUCUACCUGUAUGGGAGCAAUGCCUUCCCCGGCUUUGUGGCUCAUCUCGUCAGUCCGGUGUGCACUUCGGAAGGACCGCACUGCUUCCGCUUCUGGUAUCACAUGUACGGAGUUGAGUCAAUGGCCCUGCGGGUGUACGUGGUUGAGGACGAAGAGCUGGUGCCGAUCUGGACCAGCGUUGGGAACCACGGGGACAUGUGGAACUUGGGAGAGAUCACAGUGGCCAGCACAGGAAACCUGAAGAUUGUCCUGGAGGGAGAAUGGGGUGGAGAUGUCCGGAGCAACGUAGCAUUGGAUGAUCUGUCCAUUGAGAAGGGACCCUGUGGUGCAGGUCCAUCAAAACCCACGACCCCCUCACCAGGCUCUACACCACAGCCUCCACGCACGACAUCCCCACCGGCACCCACACCGAGCUCAGGUCCAUCGACAUCACGAUGGAGUGGCUGUAGUGAAGGAGCUACCCCGCCUGUGUCCUGCUCCCCCUCCGAGGAGGAGGCAGCUAGAAAGCAAUGUGCAAGCCUCACACAAGCCGGUGGCCCGUUCCAGCCAUGCCAUGCAGUUCUGCCGCCACAGACAUACUUUGAGAGCUGUGUCUAUGACCAGUGUGCUACGAACGGCAGCACGGAGCAGCUCUGCAAUGACCUGGGGGCCUAUGCCACAGCCUGUGCUGAGGCAGGCGUUGCUCUGGGAGACUGGAGCGCUGGCACUGUCUGUGCUCCUACAACUACGGCCCCCUUGCCAGACACCUCAACGCGGCCUCCACAGACAACAUCACCAGCCCCUGGGACAAGCACAGCUCCCCCAGAAGUCUGCAAGUUUGCCUGCACGUUCGAGGAUGACUUGUGUGGCUGGGUCCAGGCAGAUUACAGCAGCAUUGACUGGAUAAGGAACAAGGGUCCAACGCCCACGCCAGGCACCGGCCCCUCCUCUGACCACACAACAGGAGACGGCUACUACAUCUACCUGUAUGGGAGCAAUGCCUUCCCCGGCUUUGUGGCUCAUCUCGUCAGUCCGGUGUGCACUUCGGAAGGACCGCACUGCUUCCGCUUCUGGUAUCACAUGUACGGAGUUGAGUCAAUGGCCCUGCGGGUGUACGUGGUUGAGGACGAAGAGCUGGUGCCGAUCUGGACCAGCGUUGGGAACCACGGGGACAUGUGGAACUUGGGAGAGAUCACAGUGGCCAGCACAGGAAACCUGAAGAUUGUCCUGGAGGGAGAAUGGGGUGGAGAUGUCCGGAGCAACGUAGCAUUGGAUGAUCUGUCCAUUGAGAAGGGACCCUGUGGUGCAGGUCCAUCAAAACCCACGACCCCCUCACCAGGCUCUACACCACAGCCUCCACGCACGACAUCCCCACCGGCACCCACACCGAGCUCAGGUCCAUCGACAUCACAACCCACGACCCCCUCACCAGGCUCUACACCGCAGCCCCCGCGCACACCAUCCCCACCAGCACCCACACCGAGCUCAGGUCCAUCGACAUCACAACCCACGACCCCCUCACCAGGCUCUACACCGCAGCCUCCACGCACGCCAUCCCCACCAGCGCCCACACCGAGCUCAGGUCCAUCGACAUCACAACCCACAACCUCCUCAUCAGGCUCUACACCGCAGCCUCCACACCCACCAGCAACACCCACACCAAGCUCAGGCCGUGCUUCCUGCAGUGCCUCUGGCGAUCCACAUUAUAACACUUUUGACCACAGAGUUCAUCAUUUCAUGGGAAAUUGCACUUACACCCUCUCCAAAGUGUGCAAUGUCUCGGAGAUGCUCCCAUACUUUGAUGUCUCCACAACAAAUGAGCACAGAGGAGCCAACACCAAAGUCUCUUAUGUGAAGUCAGUGAAUGUGGAAGUCUAUGGCCACCAGAUUUCUUUGCUGAAAAACAAGAAAGUGAAUGUGAAUGGCAGCAGAAUGAACCUGCCUGUACUUAUUGAAAAGAAGAUCAGUAUUCAAAGCAGUGGUGGAUAUGUUCUCUUGGAAACUGACUUUGGGCUGUGGGUGAGAUAUGACGGAAAUCACUAUGCAGAAGUCUCUGUGCCUUCUAUUUACAGUGGUCUGCUCUGUGGCCUCUGUGGUAAUUAUAAUGGUGAUCCAAAUGAUGACAACAUGAAGCCCAAUGGUGACGUUGCAAGUGAUUCCAACGAUCUUGGACAAAGCUGGCUUGUACCUGAGAAUAACACCAGUUGCUCGAGUGGGACAGAAGAGCAAUGUGAUCCUGUGCAGGAGAGUGAGGCAAAGAAGAACACAGCAUGCGGCAUGAUCACAGACCCAACAGGAAUCUUCAAGGAUUGUCAUACCAAGGUGCCUCCGGAGAAGUUCUUUGAAAACUGUGUUUAUGACAUGUGUUUCACUGACGGACAGGCAACAUCCUUAUGCUAUGGACUCCAGGCCUAUGCUGAGUCGUGUAUCAAUGCUGGGAUAUGCAUAGAGUGGAGGAAUGCUACUCUUUGCCCAAUGUCCUGUCCUGGAGGCAGCAUCUACAAGAGCUGUGGUACUAGGUGUCCCUCUACCUGCUUGAACAUCUCAGCAGCUGAUUCCUGCAGUUCCUUACCAGUGGAAGGUUGCUUCUGUAAGGAAGGCUACGUUUUGAGCGGAGACAAAUGUGUGCCAGAAAGCAGCUGUGGUUGUGUUGAUGAAAAAAAUCAGUAUCACCAGCUGGAUGAAAGCUGGUUCACCAAUAAUUCCUGCACUGAACGCUGCACCUGCAAGGCUAAAAACAACAUCACAUGCACACCCUGGGAGUGUGGAGUCCGAGAAGAAUGCAGUAUUCAGGAUGGUGUGCUGGGCUGUCAUUCCAAUGGUCAAGCAACAUGUCAAGUCGCAGGAGAUCCCCAUUAUUUCACUUUUGAUGGACUGAUGUACACUUUUGUGGGUACCUGCACCUACACCUUAGUUGAGGUAGUCAACAAAAACAGUAUCAUUCCUAUAACCAUCCUUGGCAAGAAUGAAGACAGAGGACUAAGAGGGGCCACAUACCUGAAAGAAGUCUAUGUAGAUGUGUAUGAUGUACGAAUCACCCUUCAGAAAAACCAAGGAAUCCUGCUGAACAAUGAGAGAGUCUACACUCCAAUGGAGAACCGUUUGCGAGGCGUGUCCAUUGGAAACGUUGGCAAAUUUAUAGUACUGGAAACUGAUUUUGGUGUGAUAGUGAAAUACGAUGGCAAUCACCAUCUGGAAAUCACCCUCCCACACUCUUAUUUCUCAAAGGUACAGGGAAUGUGUGGUAACUUCAAUGAUGAUCGUACAGAUGAUCUGGUCUUGCCCAAUGGUACACUCGUCAAUGUCACACAGUUUGGAAAUAGCUGGAAAGUGGAGGAAGACAGUGAUGCAGGCUGUUUACUAGACUUAAGAGAAGAUGAUGGUCCUCCUUGCACUGCUGAGAGUAAACCAGUCAUUGAAAGCCAGUGCAAUGUCCUAAAAUCAGACAAGUUCAAAGCGUGUCAUAAUCUAGUCAACCCUGAAGACUUCAUACAGAUCUGCAUCUAUGACAUGUGCCAGUAUGAUGGCAUGAAGUCUGCCCUCUGUGACAUAGUUCAAUUCUACGUGGACACCUGCAGGAGUCAUGGAAUCACCAUUAUAUGGAGGAAUAGCACAUUCUGUCCAUUGCCCUGUCCAUCUCACAGCUCUUACACGAACUGUGUCUCCAGCUGCCCAUCAACAUGCAAUGACAUUUUUGCCUCUUCCCUUUGUGAGAAGACAGAGAAGUGCACAGAGGGCUGUGAGUGUGAUGAUAAUUAUGUGCUCAGUAAUGGCAAGUGUGUACCUCUGAGCAACUGUGGCUGCAGAGAUGAUGACAACAAUUACUACAGUGCUGGGGAGACCUGGAUAACUCCACACUGCACCAAAAGAUGCCAGUGUCAGAAGAACGGUGUCAUCAAAUGUAAGAACUAUAGCUGUGAUUCUAAAGAAACCUGCGUGAUCAAAAAUGGAAAACACAAGUGCAAUCCAACAGGUUUUGGGAAAUGCCGGGUCAUGGGCGAUCCACACUACAUCACCUUCGAUGGUCUGGUGCACCACUUUCAAGGGAAAUACACAUAUAUUCUGGCUCAGACCAUCCCUGACCUACCUGAUACUCUGACGCAGUUCAGCAUUGAAGGCACCAACUAUCCUCUCCAUGGAAGUCGACACAUCACUUACCUGAAAGAGAUUCUCAUCAAUGUUUACAAUCACACAGUGCGGUUCAGGCAGAACAAGCAGCUAUUGUUGGAUGGUGUGAGGGUGAGACCCCCUGCUCAUCCUCAUGAAGGUAUUCGUAUAUAUCAGAGGGCAACAAGAAUUUACCUGGAGACAGAUUUUGGCUUAUACGUGAGCUUUGAUGGCAGUCAAAAUGCAGAUAUAAAGCUGGCCAACACCUACAGAAACAGAGUGGAAGGCUUGUGUGGUAACUUUGAUGACAGAUACAGAAAUGACUUCACAAAUCCAGAAGGUGUUUGGGUGAAAAAUGUGAAUAGCUUUGGUGAGAGCUGGAAAGUUCCUCUACAAAGAAAAACUUCUCGUCUCAGACGAGAUGUCAAUUCCAAAAAUGAGUCUGAGGAGGAACCAGAUCCAGGGCUCUUCCAAGGCUGCAGUGAAAAUCAGCUGGGACAAGAAAACAGCACUUCUAAAUGUCAAAUCCUGAUUGACUCGAAAGGUCCUUUCGUAAAUUGUCAUUCUGCGGUCUCACCAGAUUUCUAUUACACGAGCUGCCUGUUUGAUGUGUGUGUGCAAGGAGAUGAUGACACUACCUUAUGUCGCAGUCUGGAGGAAUAUGUGCUGGCUUGUCAGCAGCAAGGAGUCCGUAUGGAAGGCUGGAGGCAACACACAGUUUGUGCUAUAUCAUGUCCUGCCAACAGCAACUACAGCUCGUGCACGUCUGCAUGCCCAGCAUCCUGCUACGACUUCACCAGCCCCUUGGAAUGUGAAUCACCUUGUGUUGAAGGCUGUGAAUGUCUCCCUGGCUUUGUUCUUAGCGGUUCUGACUGCGUGCCUUACAAACAAUGUGGCUGCACGUACCUUAACAAGUAUUAUGAGAUUGGAGAAACAUUCACCACUGAUGACUGCUCUCAGAAAUGCCAGUGCACAGAAAGCUCCACUGUCUUCUGCUCUGACAUAGUGUGUGGGUCCGAUGAAAUCUGUGGCAUUUCAAACUACAGUCGUGGAUGCUACAGGAGUGGACCAUGUAUGCCAAAUCCUUGUAAGAAUGAUGGAGUUUGCUCUGAAACUACCAACAGCAACUCUCCCCACUCCUGUCAGUGUUCAGAAUUGUACACAGGACCAUUCUGCACAGAUGAAAGGCUAGAAGUGGGGCGUGAGGACUCUCCAGUUGCCAUCAUUGUUGGAGUUGUGGCAGGCGUAGCUAUUAUGGUCGUUCUCGUCUCCUCUGCAGUGUACAUCUACAGAAGGAACAGGAAAAUGGGUACAGCUGAGGUAUCAAGGGAAUCUUCUUUGAGAUGGUCGCGGGAUGACAGAGCACAUGAGCAAGAUUAUGGCUGCAUCGUGAACACUGCAUUUGAUCAAAAUGAAUCCUCAAGAACACACCUAUAGUUAGCAUUAUUUUCCAAUUGUUUGUAUUACUUUCUGCUCUUUUAUUUUAAUAGUAUUUCCAGUAUGUUGAGAAGAAAUAAUUAAUAAAUCAUUGCAUUUGCUGAAAACCUUUUAAA